GUGGAGAAAGACAGUUGCAAAGAACCAAGUAAACAAUAUGACUUUAUAUGGCCGGAAUUUCACAGCAAACAGUAGUCAGGAAGCAGCCUCUGAUGAGGAGGGGGCCCUGUGCUGAAAACUCAGACUUUACUCUGUGCCUUUUGGGGGCAGGCUGGGGCUGGCGAAGGCUGUAAGGUUGGCUUCACCUCUAGGGCAGCUGGUACUCAGGAUAGCUGGGCACAGUCAGUGGCUAUCGGGAUCUGUCUGGGAAGCUUCCCCGGAGAAGGUGCUUCAGCUUUACGUGGGAUAGGGAAUAAGUCAGGAGACAUGAAGAUGGAAGGCGGUCGCAGUCCAAGGAGUCUUUUCAGGCUGCCAGACCCUCUGGGAACUGGGGAGCCGGAAUUUACUGGAGAGAAAGAUGAUGGUAAAAGAGGCCCAGUGGGAAAGAAUCUUAGAGGGUCUUGAGUUAGAAGACAGUGGUGACUUACCAUACCCCAAUAUUUGAAAAUUUCAGGUAGUAAAAUUGUAACCAACCAUCUUUCUAAGACAGAUGUCUCAACAUUUCCGGGUUUGGAAAUCCCUUGUCUCAAGGUUGCCGGGAUUGACUUCUUGCUCAACUGAGUCACUCAUAUUCAUUGGAGACAAAGAGAACUAAUGCUUUGUGCUGAUUCAUACUUGAAACAAAGCAUUGGCGAGUCUGUAUGCCUUUUGUGUGAAAGAACCAGUGACAGUCUCUCACUGAGUUUCCUAAAACUUCUGAAGCCAAGAAAGAAGUUAGAGGAAUAUCCACUUUCAUUUGAACUUCUAUAAUAAAUAUUUGCCCUAGGUUUGAAGCCCAGGGCUGCUGGAGGUGUAAGUGACAAGUCUAACAAGUGGCCUUAUUCCAACUCCAGAAAUUCCCCAGCAAAACUUUGAGAUUUUUAUUUUAUAUACAAUCCUAAAGUGACAGGCAGCAUGCCAACUCAAUCCCUCUUAGUGUAUAUGGAUGGACCAGAAGUUAUUGGCAAUUCACUUGGAACCCAGAUGGAGGUGGAUGAUGUCAUGUCAAUAAAGGGGACGGCCACUGUUCCUUUCAGAGCUACGCAAGAGAAAAACAUAAUCCAAAUAGUAGAAGGGUAUAUGCCUUUGGACUGCAUGUUUUGCAAUCAGACUUUCACACAUUCGGAAGAUCUUAAUAAACAUGUCUUAAUGCAACAUCGGCCUAUACUUUGUGAACCAGCAGUUUUGCGUGUUGAAGCGGAAUAUCUUAGUCCUCUUGAUAAAAGUCAAGUGAGAACAGAACCUCUGAAGGAGAAGAAUUGCAAAGAAAAUGAAGACUUUAGCUGUGAAGUAUGUGGGCAGACAUUUAGAGUAGCUUUCGAUGUUGAGAUCCACAUGAAGAAACAUAAGGACUCUUUCACUUAUGGAUGUAGUGUUUGCGGAAGAAGAUUCAAAGAGCCCUGGUUUCUUAAAAAUCACAUGCGGACACAUACUGGCAAAUCUGGGGCUAGAAACAAACUACAGCAGGGCUUGGAAAGUCCAGUAACAAUCAACGAGGUUGUCCAGGAGCAUGCAGCUGAAAGCAUCUCAUGUCCUUACAAAACCUGCAUGGUUUGUGGCUUUGUAUAUCUAGAUAAAGAAGGUCUCAUUGAGCACAGUAAGAUGCAUGCCAAAGAAACUGUUUCCGCUCCCAGCAGUACACACACAGACUCUCAAGAGGGAGCACCAUCAACGAAGGAAGAGUUCUUGCAGUUUUUAAACUUAAGACCAAAAUCUCACCCUGAAAAUGAUAAGAAGCCGGCAAAAUGGAUACCUCAGCUUGAUCCAUUCAUCACCUAUCAGGCUUGGCAGUUGGCUACCAAAGGAAAAGUUGCCAUUGGCCGAGGAGAAGUCAAGGAACCAGGGCAUGAAGGAAGUACUGACAACGAUGAUUCGUGUUCAGAUAAAGAAGAACUUGGAGAAAUUUGGAGCGCGAAUAAAAGCCAUUCUGAAGGUUCUGGAAAGUCCAAAACAAAUAGAAGCAAUUGUGCAGGCCUCUCACACGAUAAGGAGAAGCCUCGACAUGCCAAUGGUGAAGUGCCUUCUGUGGAUGCAGAUCCCAAAUCAUCCAGUAGCAAAGAGAAGCCGACACAUUGCUCUGAAUGUGGCAAAGCUUUCAGAACCUACCACCAGCUGGUCUUGCACUCAAGGGUACACAAGAAGGACAGGAGGAUGGAUACUGAAUCGCCAACAAUGUCGGUGGAUGGAAGGCAGCCUAGGACCUGCUCUCCAGACCUCACCACCACCCUGGAUGAAAGUGGAGCUCCUGAUCGAGGAGAAGGUGGUUCUGAAGAUGGAUCUGAGGAUGGGCUUCCUGAAGGCCUCAAUCUGGAUAAAAGUGAUGAUGGAGGAAAAAUAAAGCAUCUUACAUCCUCAAGAGAGUGUAGUUAUUGUGGAAAGUUUUUCCGUUCAAAUUAUUACCUCAAUAUUCAUCUCAGAACGCAUACAGGUGAAAAACCAUACAAAUGUGAAUUUUGUGACUAUGCUGCAGCCCAGAAGACAUCUCUGCGCUAUCACUUGGAGAGACAUCACAAGGACAAGCAGAUUGACAUUGCCCCUGAAGUUAAGAGUGACAGUAAAAGCCAGGAGACUGAAGAUGCACUAUUAACCGCUGAGAGUGUGCAAACCAAAAAUUUGAAAAGAUUUUUUGAGGGUGCCAAAGAUGUCAAAGGGAGUCCACCUGCAAAGCAGCUUCGGGAGGUGCCUUCCACCUUCGAGAGUGUUCUGGGCACUGCUGUCCUCUCGCCAGGACACAGGGAUACUCAGGACUGCCACAGAAAUGCAGCCGACGGCAGUGCUGACAAGCUGAACAAAACUCCUGCCCCUGCUUACUUGGACGUGCUGAAAAAGAGAUGCACCAUCGAACCUCAGGCAAAUAACCUCAUCUGCAAAACAGAAAUGGAUGCCACUCCUCGCCCUCCUCCAGACGGCAGCUCCACCCAGAUCAGCGAAGUCAGCCACAAGGAGAAGAAAGCAGAGCCGGCCGGAGACUGCAAAUACAAGCCAAACAUGGACUGCCAGGAAAAACCUUUGAAUCUAUCCCUUGGCAUGCUUCACAGUUGCCCAGCAAUUUCUUUGAGUAAAAGUUUGAUCCCUAGUAUCACCUGCCCAUUUUGUACCUUCAAGACAUUUUAUCCAGAAGUUCUAAUGAUGCACCAGAGACUGGAGCACAAAUACAAUCCCGACAUCCAUAAAAACUGUAGGAACAAAUCUCUGCUUAGAAGUCGACGUACUGGAUGCCCACCCGCUUUACUGGGCAAGGAUGUGCCUCCCCUGUCUAAUUUCCACAAACCCAAGCCCAAGUCUCUUUUCCCAGCGCAGUCCAAGUCCCUGCCGUCUGAGAAAGCGAAGCAGAGCCCCGCGGGGCCAGGCCGAGCGCCACCAACUUCAGGGAUUGACUCCAGCACUUUAGUCCCAAGUAACCUGAAGUCCCACCGGCCUCCACAGAGCAUCGGAGGGCAAGGGCCUGCCACCCCCAGACAGCAGCCAUCUGAGAUGUUUCCUAAAAGCAGUGUUUCUCCCGCACCAGAUAAAACAAAAAGACCGGAGACAAAAUUAAAACCUCUCUCAGUAGCCGUGCCUCAGCCCACCCUCUGCAGCAGCAGUGUCAGUGGGCCCGUCGACUACCCUCUCAAGAAUGAGAACCUGUGGGUUCCUCCAGGGAGAGACCAUUUCUGCAGUCGGAACGCGAGUGGAGCCGGUGUGGAAUUUGGUGAGCCGCUUCCCAAAAGACUGAAGUCGAGUGUGGUCACUCUGGACGUUGACCAGCCAGGGCCCAAUUACAGAAGAGGCUACGAUCUGCCCAAGUACCACGUUGUCCGAGGAAUCACGAGCCUGUUACCUCAGGAGUGCGCCUGCCCGCCGCCAUCAGUGUUGCCCCCCAAGCAGAGGUUCCUGCGAUCGAGCGAGGUCGACCCUCCAAACGGGCCGGCGGUUCAGAAGCCCUUUGGCGGCCCUGGGCCACUUUACACGUCGUGUGGGCCCGCUGGUGGCCAGGUGUCCAGCUCUGUGCUAGAAGGAAAAAGGCCAGUGUCCUAUCAACACUUAUCUAGCAGCAUGUUACAGAAGAGAAACUAUGAGAAUUUUAUUGGGAAUGCACAUUAUCGACCAAAUGACAAAAAAACUUGAUUUCUUAUUUGGGGAAAAAGGUCUUGAUGGAUAUAAAUGCAUACUCUCCAUGGAAUUACAUUAGUUCAUCCUUUGAGAAAACGAAUGGUGAAAGCUACUGAAAUAAGCUGUGAUUGUACUGUACAUAUAACACAUAAGGAACACUAAAGUUUUGUAAAGUUGUUCUGUUGACUUUUGUACCAAAUAGCAAUAAAAACUAUAGUUGGAACAGUUGGGUUGUACACAAAUGGAGACUGGAAAUCUCUAUUUUGUCCCUGAAUAAUAUUUUUUUUAGAAUUGACCAAAUAAAGAAGUGGAGUUUUUUGCAUACUUGAGCGCUGCUGAAAAGAAAUUGUUUGGGU